CACUGACGUCAAUGCAGGACUAGGUUGCGCCAUUUUGAAAGUAGAAGCAGGGAGAGAGAAAUUUUGCAAGCAAGCAGCCAGCUAAACAAGAAGCUUUGCAAGGUGUUCCACGGGAGCGUUGCUGAUUGUCAAAGCACUGCUAAGCAAGAUAAGUGACAUGAGAAGUUGAAGAAUAGUAGGGGGGGGGGAAGCAACACACUCUAUAGCUUUACGAAUCACCUGCACUCAUCGUGAAUCUGCUUGUACACACCCUAGCACGGUAAACUGGAAAGAUAAGCAAGGGCCCCAACCAAGGCAAGCCCUCCUCGACAGAGAUUCCCUCUCCACCAUGGCAGGAGCUGGCGGAGGCAAUGAUGUGCAGUGGUGUUUUUCUCAAGUCAAAGGAGCGAUUGAUGACGAUGUGGCUGAAGCUGACAUCAUAUCCACUGUGGAAUUCAAUCACUCUGGGGAGCUACUAGCCACUGGGGACAAGGGGGGCCGAGUUGUGAUCUUCCAGCAGGAGCUAGAGAGCAAGAACCAGCCACAGUGCCGUGGGGAGUACAAUGUUUACAGCACCUUCCAGAGCCACGAGCCUGAGUUUGACUACCUGAAGAGCCUUGAGAUCGAGGAGAAGAUCAACAAGAUCCGGUGGCUGCCUCAGAAGAACGCUGCACAGUUCCUCUUGUCCACAAAUGAUAAAACUAUAAAGCUGUGGAAAAUCAGUGAACGGGACAAGCGACCAGAGGGGUACAACCUCAAGGAAGAGGAUGGGCGCUACAGAGACCCCACUACUGUCACAACACUACGGGUCCCAGUGUUUCAGCCGAUGGACCUGAUGGUUGAGGCCAGCCCCAGGCGAGUGUUUGCUAAUGCACACACCUAUCACAUCAACUCCAUCUCAGUCAACAGUGACUGUGAGACCUACUUGUCUGCCGAUGACCUUCGCAUCAACCUCUGGAACCUAGAGAUCACUGACCGCAGCUUUAACAUUGUGGACAUCAAGCCAGCCAACAUGGAGGAGCUGACAGAGGUGAUUACAGCAGCAGAGUUCCAUCCAAACCAGUGCAACACAUUUGUCUACAGUAGCAGCAAGGGCACCAUCCGCCUCUGUGACAUGAGAGCAUCAGCUCUCUGUGACCAGCACUCCAAACUGUUUGAAGAGCCUGAAGAUCCAAGCAAUCGUUCAUUCUUCUCUGAGAUUAUCUCCUCCAUCUCUGAUGUCAAGUUCAGCCACAGUGGGCGCUACAUGAUGACCCGGGACUACCUGUCCGUCAAAAUCUGGGACCUCAACAUGGAGUCCCGUCCAGUAGAGACUUAUCAGGUUCAUGAAUACCUCAGGAGUAAACUGUGCUCACUCUAUGAGAACGACUGCAUCUUUGAUAAGUUUGAGUGCUGCUGGAAUGGAAACGACAGUGUUGUGAUGACGGGCUCAUACAACAACUUCUUCAGGAUGUUUGACCGAGGCUACCGGCAGGAUGUGACCCUGGAGGCGUCUCGGGAGAGCAGUAAGCCUCGUUCUGUGCUCAAGCCCCGCAAGGUGUGCACAGGUGGGAAGCGCAAGAAGGACGAGAUCAGUGUAGACAGCCUGGACUUUAACAAGAAGAUCCUCCACACGGCCUGGCACCCUCAGGACAACAUCAUCGCAGUGGCCACCACUAACAACCUCUAUAUAUUUCAGGACAAACUGUAACAAAUAUUCAAUGAACCCUUCAUAUCCCAGAUCCCACUUUAGCCUCACUACUCUGGUCCUCAACAUCUCGACUGGAGAAGUGCAGCAAAAAACCUCUGUUUUGAUGGCUUUCUUAGUCUUAUUUCCUGUUCAGGGGGCUCCAACAGUACCACACUUCUUCUGCCACAUUGCAACUGUUGUCCACUACAUCCCAAAGGGAACACUUUUAUAACACUAGUCUUUGAGAUAUUGUUUAUUUUGUUAAUUUACUAUGUUGCUCAUUUAACGGUUUUGGUGCCACAAGCAUUUUUUUUUAUAUAUACAAGCAUUUUUUUCUUUUGAUUGGAAGUUGUUCUCUCCCACCCCUCCAUCGUUGACACAGAUCACAACAUUGCUAUUCUUCACUGACCAAAUUGGCAAGCUGACAGCUCUCAAUUUUUGUCCCAGGCCAUUUGUCAAAUUUCCAAGUUUGCUCACCCUCCUCUUUCACAUACAGUACACACUUAUUCUACAAAUGGAUGUAGACACGCAUACACACACAAUAGCUCAACUCAGUUGGUGGGCUGGGUUGGGGUCUGGGGGUAAUUUCGAGACGACUAUGUAAAAUAUACAGUUAGCCAGUCUGAGACUACAGACAAGGGUUAACCGUCUGGUAAGCACAGUGCCCUUCUCCAGAGGUAGCCUACAGUAUGAAGCCAUUGCUUUUCCAAGUAAACGGUAGUGGGCAGAGGCAUUGCAGCCUAAUCUCCUUCUUGCACUUAGAGUGCCACCAUGUACAGCUCAGCACAGAGGCUCUAGUGCAGUAAUUGCAGGAGAAAGACAGGCCUGCCUUGGCUGACCUGCAUGACUUGUCCGUUUUUAAAUGUGAGCGGCAUCCAUUUAUACCUCUGCUGCUCAGUUCCAUGCAUGCGUCUUGACUUAUGCUUAUGUUUCUUGUGAAUUUUUAAGUUUUCCCUCUGGAUCAAGUUUUUUGUUUGUUUUUUAAUGAUGUUUUGUACUUCAGAUAAAGAAUAAUCACUAUAAUUAGUUUAUUUUUGUAUGAAUUAAGAAGACAGAAAUAUUGAUUGAUAUCCUUUAAUCCCCUCGCACUACUUGGUUUAGUCUGAUCACUGUUGUCUAUUAAGCUGUAGGUUUUGGACUGAUCUAUGGACUGAAGGAUUACUUGGGCUGGUGAUAGUUAAUGUGACUUAUUAUAUGAGCAUUGUGUUAAAUUCACGUGGGCUGCGGGUUUAAAGAUGGAGUGCAUAUUAAUGUGCCAUUAAGAAAGGCUUUAUGCAUGUUGGAUGUCCAAAUAAGUAUUUUCAGGUAUGUGUCACUGGAAUCAUAAUGGUCAUUCGUUUUUUUGUUUUUGGGUUACUGUAACUGAUAUUGACUGGAAUGGAUUCGGGUGCUUCUGAGUUUAUUAAGCUAGUUCAUUUGCGCUAAUUGUUUUAACUCCGGUGUAGAUCUGUGUGCAUCCGUUUUUUUGCCAUGGCUGUUUUUUCAAAAAAAUUGCAAUGAGUAAAAGAUAAUUUUAUUAUUAAUAGCCCAUUGUACGUUGAGAAUGGGAAAGGCAUUAUCUGUUUGCUUCAGUUUGACUGAAGAAAUGCUCUUAACCGUGAGUUCACUGAGUAUCAGGUUUAUUGACUAGACAGGGUUACUGACUUGAAAUAUUUUAUGAAACAAUAUUUUCUCUCUUCGAUUGCGUAAGUUCUUUAUGCAGGAAACAAACUAAACUGUUUAGUGAGUCGUGUUAGUGGGUAUCAUUGGAUGGAAUUACUGGGUAAUGUCAGCUCAGGGCAUUGGAGACAGUAUUUCAAAUAAACGGCAUUUCCAGCAUUUGUACUGUA